CCUACACACGCUUUUGAAUCUUCUCCCUUGACCCCUGACUCCCACUGCGACCAUGGGCUUUGGUGGUGCUGCUUUGAAGUUUGGCUCGACUGCGCUCUAUGCGCUCGAGUUCUGCUGUGCUGCCAUUAUACUCGGAAUCUACAGUUACUUCCUAGCCGUACAGGCUGACCGCGAUGUCCACAUUCCCGUCUGGCAACAGGCCGUCGAGGGUCUUUCUGGCGCCGUUGUUCUCUACACUAUGCUUGCUGUCCUGCUGACUUGCUGCAUUGGCGGAAAGACAAUCUUCGCUAUUCUUGGCAUACUCUUCGACAUCCUCUGCUGCGGUGCCAUGAUUGCCAUUGCCGUCCUGACUCGUGACGGUGCCUCCAAAUGCUCUGGAAAUGUCCAGACUCCUCUUGGCAAUGGUCCGGCUCGGUCCAAAGAGGGAUUUGGUUCCAACGGCCGCGGCGACCAGAUUACCUACUCUGCCUCUCUUGGUACCAUUUGCAAGCUCAACACUGCCUGCUUUGCCGUCGCUAUCAUUGCCGCCGUCCUCUUCUUGCUCAGUGCCCUGCUCCAAGUCCUCCUCAUGCGCCACCACAAGAAGGAGAAGCGCUUUGGCCCUGGCCCUUCGAACGGAUACACCAAGGGUUCCGGUAUGAAGUUCUGGCAGCGCAGAAAGGCCAACAGAACCACCGGAUCCCGCGACCCUGAGGUUGCUGCUGUUCCUGCUUCCAGCGGUGGACUCGCUGCCCCAGCUGCCGCUCAUGACUACCGCCCUAGCAACGACACUGCCUACACUGGCUCCACCGUUGCUGCUCCCAACACUGGAUACGACAACCAUAAGCCGGCCGGCUCUGGUUACCACACCGCCCCUACUGGCAGCUAUCCCAUCAAUGGUGGCACUGCUACCUACGGAAACUCUGCCACCAACUAUUAAACCAAUCGAUUCACCGACUAUGUUGAUACUGUUGUUGCUUUCCAACGAUAGCAAUCGUGCUUUUCAGCACGCUUUUUCCUUACCUGUACUUAACGACCCUUGACGCAUUAUACCACGCACAUACGGAAACUGGAGGAGGAAAGACCUAGCGACUGAGUUGAUUAGGCGACUGGAGACUGUACGAUAAGAGGAUACGCAACGUAAUAAUUAAUGACAA